CAAAGAUAACCUUUAUUACCAGUUACAAAAAUAUGUUUUGGUUAAUUAUAGUUUAGUAGCCAAGCUGUUAUGUGCAUCGAAAAUAUUAAAAUUGUUGUAUUAUUUUUUGCGAAAGCUAGAGAAAUUAUUGGAAAACCAUCCGACACAUUAACAGUUAGUUCUCCGAUUUCUCAAAAAUCUUUGUUAAAAAGUAUUAUAGUUGCUUAUGAAUUGCAAGAUUUAGAAAGCCAGAUAGUUUUAGCAGUUAAUGAACGUUUCUUGCAAUCUGAUGAAAUUAUCUCCUUAAAAGCAGGUGACGAGGUUGCUGUUAUACCACCUCUUAGUGGAGGAUAAAGAAGAUGAAUUAUUUAAAAAUUACUUCCGAAAAAUUAAAUUCAGAUUUAAUAACUAAUCUUGUAAGUUCAAAUUCGUGCGGGGCUAUUUCACUAUUUAUAGGAACAACAAGAGAUAAUUUUGAGGGAAGACCAGUAGAAAAAUUGGAAUAUGAAGCUUAUGAAUCUAUGUGUUUAAAAAAUAUGGAAAAUAUAUGUAAGAAUAUUCGGAACCAAUGGCCAUCAAUUGAAAAUAUUGCUAUUUAUCACAGGUUGGGAUUGGUUCCUAUAAAAGAAGCUAGUAUAAUAAUUGGAACAUCAUCACCUCAUAGAAUUGAUGCAAUCAAAGCUACCGAAUUUUGUAUUAAUAGUGUAAAAGAGAGUGUUCCAAUUUGGAAAAAAGAAUAUUAUAAAGAUGAUGUACCUCAAUGGAAAGAAAAUAAAGAAUAUAAUAACGAUGCUAUUAGAAGAAUAGAAAUUCGACAGAAUGUUGAAGCUCCCGCGGUUCCACAUUUAAGACAAGUGAAGGCAACAAAACUUGAAGUAAGAAAUAGAAUAAACAAAUUUAUUGAAAGAAAAAGAAGUGAUAUUAAUAUUAACAAUGUUCGUGAAUUUUGUCAAAAUAAUCAAAAUUUGGAAUUUACUUGUGCCAGGAUAGAUGCAACAGUUCACAAAAGGAAGGAUUCAUCAAGUCACUUACAAGUCAAUAGAGUCAUAAAUUCAUAUGCAUGGAGGGAUCAAACUGAUUCCUCUUAUUUAACCAAACAUAUUCCUUCAAAUGGAAUUGAAGAAAGAUUGGUUAAUGUUGAGAAACAACUGAGUUUGACCACACCAGUCCCAAAAAAUAUUUACGAUCGCCUUAAAAAUAUAGAAAAUAGGUUGUUGCAGAUGGAAUCUGUGUCUCCAGAAUAUAUACAAUUUUGGGAUAAAGGAAUAUUGCAGAAUGGAAAUCCGACAAAGAAGAAAAUAUUUACUAUAGAAGAAAUAGACAAUUUGAUAAUGGAAACUGAAAGGGAGAUUAAUGUUAAAAUGAAUUACUGAUGUAUUUUAUAAUGAAACCAAGAGCAAAUAUAGAACCAUCAGUUGUAUGGUAUUAGCUUAUUGUCCUUUAAACCUCUGUCUGCAACAUGCUGUAGAAGUCAAAUAAUUAUUGUCAGUUGUUAUUUUUUUUGCGGUAACAAGUCCGUUAUACAUCUUUUAUUAAACCUCGCUAAGUUUUUGAUACAUUUUAUUAUACUUUUGUGGCACAAAAUAACCAUGUAAUUAUACAUACCAUAGAACGGCAUUAUAUUUGAUAAUGGGCAUGCAUAAAACAAAAUAAUAUUUUUCAGUUGAAAAACUUCUAGAAGGAUUAAUUUAAUGUACAAACUAAUCAGAAAAUAUGUUUUAUUCAUAUAAGUACAUUUAGACUAUCAUUCUUAACUGGAACUACUCAUCGGUAUCUUCCCCUGUAUAACAGUCAUGACAAAUUCCAUUGAGGGGUGUUCUAGCCAAGAACCGGCUACAUUUUAGGCAUUUGUACUUGGUUUUUCUAUUUUUCUUGGACUAACAUAGAAGACAUCGGCCAUAAAUUUGAUUUUGGUUUGCAGGAACAUUUUCAGCUUCUUUUCCACAUAUUUCCUGAAGGUGCAAUCGAAUUGUACGUGGAAGUCUAUUAUUUGUAGAUCUUCUUGAAAUAUGAUCCCGAAUAAGCUCAUAUCCUAACAGCUCUAGAAAUUUUCGGCGUCGAAUUGAUGUUUGGUUGUUGCUCUUGAUAAAACAUAAAAAACAAUUGCGUUCAAUUUCGUUGGGUGCGAACAAAUUGUACGACGCCGCAGUAUCGUGAGUGGCUCGCUUUAAUCUGCUUAUGAAAUUCAAGCAUUAGGUCGUUGAAGUAUUAAAUGUCGUAAUGUAUUGUGAAUUUCAUGCAACAAUAAUUAGUAUGAUACACAACAAAUUUUAAAUAAGGUUAAUUUUUCGCAAAUUUCUCAUUACAAUGUAUUUAUUAGCCUCAGUUUAUCCUUGUGUAAACUUUCUCAUUAUAAAUUUUCACUUAUCAAAAUUACACAGAAUCUAGGCAUAUAUUUCUCAUUUUAUAAUUCCGAAAUCUAUAAAACGUCAUAAAAAACAACCGAAACCGUUAUUCGCUUUAAGAGUGAUAUGAGUAUUGUAAGUUUCUCUGUAAUCUCAUGCUGUUGUAUUUUAUAUGGGGAAAUAUUAUGUUGUUUUGUAUACAGAUAAUAUUGUAAAUAAUGCCGAUUUGUUGUCCCUUCUCACUGUUAAUAUACUCGGUAUUAUAGCCGAUGCAAUCAGUAACAAUCCUUUGAUCGUCUAGUUAAGGCUUGUACACAUUAGUAGACGUGUCUAAGGUUGUCUACUACAACGCUAGACAUUUUGACAGUGUGGACGUCAAUCGGAGUCUAGAGACGAGACGUCCCAGUCUGACUUCAGCUACCGAGCGGCGUGGUUCGAUUGUUUUUGUGUUCGGCUCUUGGUGUGAUUAGUUAUUUUUCGUUUAAACAGUGCUUUGUAAAGAUGUGGUCGAACGAGGAGGUUUUAAAACUUCCAAGCAUCUCAUCAUUGUUUGUGGGAUGUUACAAGUCCCGACUACAAAAACCGGAUAAAAAGGAAAUUGGCCCUAGAAUCUUUAGCUGCAAAGCACAUUGUGAUAAUGGCGGAAGUUGAAAAGAAAAUUCAUAAUUUAAGGAAAUCGUUAAACAGUGAGCGGAAAAAAAAUACUCCGACAAGGGAGAGUCUAAAUCUCCAUAUUGUUGUGAUCUGUAUAUGGUAUCUCUAUACUGUCUAUAGAAAAAUCACGUAACAUGUCUACUAGUGAGUACAACUUUAGCAUCAAUCAACGUUAUUUAAUAUUUAAUAAAAAACGAAGUUUCAUAUAAGUCAUAUUUUAUUUGGAAACAAAUAACAAUAGUCAACGAAGUGCAAGAAAAGAAAAAAUCCCAGCUAAAUACACCCAGCUAGCACGCUAAUGGCUGAAAGAUGUCACAUUUGAAGUUACUUUUUUGACAUUUUGACGUACGAAUGAAGUUCUUUCAACUUUAUAUUGUUAGGUUAAAUGAAGUCAGUUUUAAACGUUUAAUGGAUCUUAGAAUGCCCUUUUGUAGUCUCAUCUAUAAAUUGAAUAAAUGAUUACCAAAAUAAGAUAUUCUGGCACAUAUUUGCUUACUAAACAAAAUUGCUCCGUACUUAGGUUUAAAAGAAUUUAUACAACACAAUUGAAGGCCCUUAUGAAGAGAAUUAUAACUAUUAAUAGCUAAAUACGUGGAACUUCUUUGAAAAGCGCAUAAUUAUGUUGAGGCAAAAAAUAUCAUUAUUCUCUUGAAUUGUGCUGUUGAAAGUACUAUAUUUAAAUUUCUGCGCAUGUGUAUCGUUAUGCGGAGAGCGCAUGAUCUCUUGUAUGUGUAGAAGAGCUCAUGCGCACGACGUGUGUCUUGACAGUUCCCUGUUCUAUGUAAGUUAUGUUAUUUUGUAGAUGUUUCUUUUAUUGUUCUUAUCAACAGGCAAUAAAUUCUUUUUUACUUCGA